AGAAGCCAGCCUCUGGGCACGCAUUGGGCGGCGCUUGCCGGCUUCAAAGACGCGGCUGGUGUGCGGCGCGAGGCCGUGAGGUGAUUCUUGGGGCGCGAGCAGCUGCUGAAGUCUCUGCGAUCCGUGGGACUAAUGUCAACUACUGCGACCUGUGAAGUGUGUCGAAACGCUCGAGGAGUCCGUGUGCUAGUGCGCGAAACCUCCGACUGAGCAUGCAGCUUUGGACCGAACCCAGCUGAGGCAGUGUGUGCAGUUUGUGAUCGCGUCGCGUCGUUGCCUUCAUAUCGCGACGCCUCCAAGAACUGGUUUCCAGCAAGACGUGUGGAUUAAAAUAGGUUAGCCGCCGACUGCUGCUCGAGCGGGGAUAACCUCCGCCAAGAAGGAUGCCUGGGAGUCGCCGCUGUUGCUCCUGACGACGCUAGCGCCCCACAGCAGCCAUGCGCCGCAACACGCGGCGUAUGCUGAAGCUGGCGCUGACGGCGCUGGCGUUGGUGCUGUGCACCACGCUGCUGUUCCGCAGCCUAGCCGGCAGCGGGAACCAGGUGCUGGACUAUGUGCCUGGCGGCGCCUCCUUCCUGCCCAGGGCGCCACGGGAACCCAACGCCGGCGCCGAGGUGUUUCGACAGCGAGGUGGCCUCAUUGAGCCCCUGGCAAAUGGGAACGGAAGUAAAGCGGAGGUUAACCCGGCGCAACAUCUACGCGCCCAGCCUGCUGUAGCCAACGAGCUGUCGGCCGGUGGCGAAGUGGACGCUGACGGCAAGAAGGACUGGCACGACCGCACCAUGAUUAGCCACGAGGCGCAUGCCAAAGGUCCCGGCGAGCAGGGCGCCGCCUACUUCCUGCCGGCGGGUAUGGACAAAAAGAAGGACGAGCUGUACAAGGUCAACGGCUUCAACGCGCUGGCCAGCGAUUUCAUCGCGCUCAACAGGUCGCUGCCUGACAUCAGGAAUCCAGGCUGCCAGAAGAAGCGCUACCUGUCUAAGCUGCCCACGGCGAGCGUGGUUGUCCCCUUCCACAACGAGCACUGGACGACGCUUCUGCGUACGGCCACCAGCGUGCUCAACCGGUCGCCGCCGGAGCUGAUCAAGGAGAUCAUCCUGGCCGACGACUACAGCAACAAAGAGCAGCUCAAGAAGCCCCUGGAGGACUACAUCGCGAAGCACUGGAGCAAGGUGCGCGUGGUGCGGGCGACGAGGCGCGAGGGCCUGAUCCGCGCGCGGCUGCUGGGCGCCCGGCAGGCGACGGGCGACGUGCUCAUCUUCCUCGACUCGCACACCGAGGCCAACGUGAACUGGCUGCCUCCGCUGCUCGAGCCCAUCGCCAAGGACUACCGCACCGUGGUGUGCCCCUUCAUCGACGUCAUCGACUACGAGACGUUCGCCUAUCGCGCUCAGGACGAAGGCGCGCGGGGCUCCUUCGACUGGGAGCUUUACUACAAGCGGCUGCCGCUGCUUCCGGAGGACCUGGCGAACCCCACGGAGCCCUUCAAGAGCCCCGUGAUGGCUGGCGGCCUGUUCGCCAUCAGCCGGCGCUACUUCUGGGAGCUGGGCGGCUACGACGAAGGCCUGGACGUGUGGGGCGGCGAGCAGUACGAGCUGUCCUUCAAGAUCUGGCAGUGCGGUGGCACCAUGGUGGACGCGCCCUGCUCUCGGGUGGGCCACAUCUACCGCAAGUUCGCCCCGUUUCCCAAUCCGGGCAUAGGAGACUUCGUCGGCCGAAACUACCGCCGCGUAGCUGAGGUGUGGAUGGACGAGUACAAGGAGUACCUGUACAUGCGGCGGGCACACUACCGCAACCUGGAACCCGGUGACCUGACGGCGCAGAAGGAGCUUCGCAAGCGGCUCAAAUGCAAGUCCUUCAAGUGGUUCAUGGAGAACGUGGCCUUCGAUCAGCCCUCCAAGUACCCGGCCAUCGAGCCGCCCGACUACGCGUGGGGAGAGAUCCGGCACCAGAAGAGCUCGCUGUGCAUCGACACGCAGUUCAAGGGCCAGAACGAGCGAUUCACGCUGGAGAAGUGCAUCAGCGACCACCGAGACCAGUCUGGCGAGCAGCAGUUCGUGCUCACCUGGCACAAGGACAUCCGGCCGCAGAAGCGCAGCGUCUGCUUCGACGUGUCCAGCUCCGAGCCCAGGGCGCCCGUGGUGCUCUGGAGCUGCCACGGCAUGCACGGCAACCAGCUGUUCAAGUACGACACGGCGUCGAAGCAGAUUAGCCACCCGAUCACGGCCUCCUGCCUCGACUGCGAUGCGGAACGGCGCGAGGUGUUCAUGAACUCGUGCGACUCGAAUUCGGUGUCGCAACGCUGGCUCUUCGAGCACGUGAACGAGACGGCGCUGACCAACUGGUGAUCGCCGGAGCGGCACGCACGUCACUAUAACAAAUAGCUUGCCGCACUUUCUGGAGCCUUUUCUGCGAUCCUCGAUGGCUGGUGACUCCGUUCACCUGGCUACAGCGACGCUGCUGGACGACUUCCUUGAGCGCAUAACCCGUCACCGUUUGAUUGAACAUCGCUUGUUUGUGUUCCAUCUGUCCAGCCACUUCGCACAACACUGCGUCGCAACGCUGUUGUGUCGUGAAUGUGAGAUAUUUAGUCUGGAGACAGAUUGAACACGUGCGUGAACGCGUGAUGAACUUGGUGUUAUAUUUACAGGAGUCUCUCAAAGCUCCUUUUGUUCUCUCUUUCUUUUUUUUUCUAAGUGACUUUUAAGUAGAAAGAAACGCAGACUCUCCACAUAUCUUUCAUGCUCGUCUACUAGACACGUGUCUGGGAGACAAGGAAGGCGGUGUUGUCUGUAACUGAACGUCUUAGAGUUCCAGUCGUGUCGCAGUGUCGUGUGACGUCGAUCGCUGCACAAUGUAUAGAAGACCUAUAGUGUGUGUAAACAAGACUCGGCGUUUGCUUCAGUUUUUUUUUUUCGGAAGGCAAAGGAGGGCCAGCUCAUUCAGUGAAGGCAUUCCCUCUGUUGCUGAAGAUCGCGACGUCAUCGGUGUCACGGAACGAAGACGUCAGGUGGUGGACGGAGGUUGGCCUGGGAGACUGUCAACGAUAACAUGUGCGAUUUCAGCCUAAUGUUUGAAUUGGCGUCUUGCGACGGUGCAUCGAUAUACCCUCGCGUGCAGGUUAUACACAUUCCAGUCGCCAGGUGCGCUCAAUCCUUUCUUGAACGCUGUUGCGUGGUGGCCAGUACUCGCGCGCCACGUACGGCUUAGGUGCGACCCAAGUGCUCUGCUUUUUCAGACAACAUUCUCCGGUGCCCACAAGGACUGCCUGAAGGCCCCACCGAAAGAAAUCCCGUGGCAUCGAUCUAUGUGUGUGUAUGUGUGUGUGUGACCGUGUGCGAUGAAAAAACGUGUGCGUCUUGCAAGACUUCUAGAACUUCUCUAUUGACUUGGCGUUGCUUUUUGACCGUAUUUUUCUUACAAGCAAUAUUUGUUUUUCUCGUUGU